GAGAGAGAGAGAGGAGGGAAGGGAGAGAGAGUUUGCCCCACAUCUCUAUUGCUAUAACUACCCUCCGGUACGACAGUCGGUGAUGAAGCCGUCUGCAGGCGACAAAAAAAAAAAAAAAAAAAAAACACGGAUCCGCAACUGAUUCUUUUCUCCUAGCUUUUCUCAAAACUGUAUCUACACUGAAGAAGAAAAUAAUGAUGUCCAGGCUGCCGUCGGAAAAGGUCCGAAGGAAAACUGCGAACAGAGUCUAAAAAAACAACAACCCUUCUUUGUCCGCCUUCUGGAUCUCAAACUUCAAACCCUACACAGAUUCUCCUGGUGUGACUGUGUGUGUCUAAUUUGGACCUGGUGUGUGUCAGGGGGCUAUGGUGACGCGAUGUGCACAGGCUGGUGUGAGGAGAGAUGUACCAGCAUCAGUGGAAGAAGACAGAGGGGUAAAGGAGUGGAUCAUCAUUCAUGGCUGUGCUUCUCACUCUUAUUCUCUGUUCUGUGGGGCCAAGCGUCCCCCCAGUGCCCGGACAGCUGCCACUGUGCCUGGGACACGGCCACGGUGCUGUGCUCAGAUGCUGGGUUGCAGGAGAUCCCGGAGGGGAUCCCACCGGAAACUGUCUCCCUCCACCUGGAACGCAACUACAUCCGUAACAUCCCGGAGAGUGCCUUCAGUGACCUGGUCCACCUGCGGGACCUGUACCUGUCCCACAACCGCAUCGACUCGCUUGCUUCGGGGGCCCUGCGGCAUCUGGGCCCUGAGCUGCGCCUGCUGGACCUCUCACAUAACCAGCUGAGGCAGGCCAACAGGGAGGAGUUUGGCUCCACACGUGCAAAGACACGUCUCUACCACAACCCCUGGCACUGUGACUGCGCCCUGCAGGAGCUAAUGGAGACUCUGAACCUGGAGCCCGAAACGGUGAACGGGAUCGUUUGUGAGAGCUCUGUGCGGGGUGUGGGCGAGGGGAGCAGGUGGGAGGACCCGAGUUCGCAGAGUGAGCAUGCAGGUCAACCGCUGGUCAAACUCUUGGAUUCUGGGGUGAACUUCUGCAGCCUCCAGAGGAAAACCACUGAUGUGGCCAUGCUGGUGACAAUGUUUGUGUGGUUCUUUAUGGUCAUUGUGUAUGUUGUGUACUAUGUGAGACAGAACCAAGCCGAAGCCCGCAGGCAUUUGGAGUAUCUGAAGAGUUUACCCAGCCCACGCAAGACCCCCACUGAGACAGACACCCUAAGCACCGGUUUCUGAACCUCUGCUCAGAUGUAAUUUAAAUGGAAUAAUCAAAUGCCAGUUUUUAGGGAGAACGACUGAUAAACUUUAAAAUACUGCGUGGAGUUACU